AUAAAAAAUCCUUUCUAGUCUUUUGACCACCACCACCGACCACCAUCAUCUUCCAUCUAACUCCUUCCACCCGUUUACUUCACAUUUUCUUGAAUUUUUUCUUACACAUUUUCACACUCUAUCUUCCCAAAUUUACAUCCAUAUUAAAAACCCACCUCAUGAAUCACUCUAAAUCCAAUUCCCAUAAAAACCCAUGAAAAAGUUUGAAUUUUGAUCAAGUUUUGUAUACAAUACUAUACAUAUACAUAUACAUAUACAUAUGGGUGCUUGUUUGUCAACUACUAAAAUAAGUGGUUCAAAUAGCACCACACCCUCCACUACCGAGAACCACCACCGCCGACCACCUGCUGGAAAACAUGAUGAAAGUGGGUCUAAUGUCAAACCCAAAGAACAUAAAGGAAAUGGUAAUAAUAAACAUAAAAGGAAAAAUAAAUGUAGCUUAAAAAAUGGAGUGAUUGCUUGUGGAAAAAGAACAGAUUUUGGAUAUUUAAAAGAUUUUGAUAGGAAAUACACAAUUGGAAAAUUAUUGGGCCAUGGACAAUUUGGAUAUACUUAUGUUGCUAUUGAUAAAGUUAAUGGAGAUCGUGUUGCUGUCAAGAAAAUUGACAAAAAUAAGAUGAUUCUUCCGGUAGCUGUGGAAGAUGUUAAAAGAGAAGUCAAGAUAUUGCAAGCUUUAAGUGGGCAUGAAAAUGUGGUUCAAUUUCAUAACGCAUAUGAAGAUAACUCCUACGUGUACAUAGUUAUGGAGUUAUGCGAGGGUGGUGAGUUGUUGGACCGGAUUUUAGGAAAGAAAGAUAGCCGUUACUCGGAGAAAGAUGCAGCAAUUGUUGUAAGACAAAUGCUUAAAGUUGCUGCAGAGUGCCAUUUACAAGGUUUGGUACACCGUGACAUGAAACCAGAGAAUUUUCUUUUCAAGUCGCAAAAAGAUGAUUCACACCUAAAGGCUGUAGAUUUUGGUCUAUCCGAUUUUAUCAAGCCAGGCAAGAAGUUUACUGAUAUUGUUGGGAGUGCAUACUAUGUUGCUCCUGAAGUAUUGAAGCGUAAAUCAGGCCCCCAAUCAGAUGUUUGGAGCAUAGGCGUCAUCACAUACAUUCUACUAUGUGGCCGUCGUCCCUUUUGGGAUAAAACUGAAAAUGGGAUUUUUAAAGAGGUAUUAAGAAACAAACCUGAUUUUCGACGCAAACCAUGGCCAAACAUUAGCCCGAGUGCCAAAGAUUUUAUAAAGAAAUUGCUUGUGAAAGAUCCUCGGACAAGAUUUACUGCUGCUCAAGCCCUAUCACACCCAUGGGUUCGGGAAGGUGGCAAUGCUUCUGAAAUUCCUCUUGACAUUUCCGUUCUGUCCAACAUGCGUGAAUUUGUGAAAUAUAGUCGCCUAAAACAGUUUGCUCUACGGGCAUUGGCUAGCACGCUUGAUGAAGAGGAGCUGUCAGAUCUCAGAGAUCAAUUUCAUGCAAUUGAUGUAGAUAAAAAUGGUGCUAUUAGUCUUGAGGAAAUGAAGGAGGCCCUUGCUAAAGAUCUUCCUUGGAAGAUGAACGAAUCUCGUGUUUCAGAGAUUCUGGAAGCAAUUGAUAGCAACACUGAUGGGCGUGUUGAUUUUGAGGAGUUUGUUGCAGCCACUCUUCAUGUUCAUCAGUUGGAGGAGCACAACUCUGAAAAAUGGCAACAUAUAUCACAAGCUGCAUUUGAGAAAUUUGAUGUUGAUAGGGAUGGAUAUAUAACUCCAGAAGAACUCCGAAUGCAUACUGGCUUGAAGGGUUCAAUAGAUCCACUUCUGGAAGAAGCCGAUAUUGACAAAGAUGGUAAAAUUAGCUUGUCGGAGUUUCGUAGGUUGUUAAGAACUGCAAGCAUGGGUUCACGGAUAGUUACAUAAGUACACCUAAUACAAUCCCAUAGAUAUCUUUGAGAGUGCUUGUUUCAUUUGCAGGGAAAUGGCAACAAUGGAGACUUGUUUCAUUUGCUUGGAAAUGAGUGUUUGCAUAUAAAAGCAUAGGUAGUGAUAGUGUUACUUUUUUUUUAUAUGUAUAUAAUAUAUUUAUGAUUUUACAGUUUUCUGUUCAUAUUUCAACAAAUGUUUUGGCAUUUACUCGGGAGUAUUCUUUAAGUUUGAUGUAUUUCCCCCAUAUAUGUCAUGCGAUGGGUUUAUGAUUUUGAAAUUACUUGAGUAGUUGUAUAAAAUGUUAAAUUUUUGUCAA